GGCGGGGCGGAGCCGCCGCUGCUGUCAUGGCGUCGCGGGCGCUGCUGGCUGAGGAGCGGCCGCUGCGGUGCCGAUAGAGCGCGGAGGAGCCGGGCAUGGAGGGCCUGGCGCAGCCCCCGCCGCCUCCGGGCUCGCCGCAGAGGGGCGGCGGGGGCGCCUCCGGCCACCUCCUUCUGGAAGAGGCGGCGGCGGGCGGCGGCUGCGGGGACGGGCCCGCGGCGGCUGAGGCGGGCGGCGGGCAGCGCAGCCCUUCCCCUCGGCCGGACCCUGCGGCCCUCCGGCCGCCGUCUCCCCCGCGGGCCGCGGAGGACGCGGCGCCGGAGGAGCCCGGGAGCCCCGGAGCGGCGGCCGGCUCGGAGAGCGGUGCCGCGGGGGCUGGCCCCGGGAGCAGCGGGGCUCCCAGCCCGCCGGGGGAGGAGUCCCGCAGCCUGGACUCGCUGGAGUCCUUCUCCAACCUGCACUCCGGCUGCCCCAGCAGCUCCGAGCUCAACAGCGACGCCGAGGAGGCGGCGGCGGCGGCGGAGGCCGCCCCGGGGGGCCCGGCCCCGGAGCCCGGCGGGGAUAGGCCCGCGGCGGGCGCGCAGCUCCUGUCCUCCUCCAAGGAGCGCUUCCCGGGCCAGUCGGUGUACCACAUCAAGUGGGUCCGCUGGAAGGAGGAGAACACGCCCGUCAUCACCCAGAACGAGAACGGCCCCUGCCCCUUGCUGGCCAUCAUGAACGUGCUGCUCCUGGCUUGGAAGGUUAAGCUGCCACCAAUGAUGGAAAUCAUAACAGCUGAACAGCUGAUGGAAUAUUUGGGAGAUUAUAUUCUUGAUGCAAAACCAAAAGAGAUAUCUGAAAUUCAGCGUCUAAAUUAUGAGCAGAAUAUGAGUGAUGCAAUGGCAAUUCUACAUAAGUUACAGACAGGUCUGGAUGUCAAUGUGAAAUUUACAGGUGUACGAGUAUUUGAAUACACACCCGAAUGCAUAGUGUUUGAUCUUCUUGAUAUCCCUUUGUACCAUGGAUGGUUAGUGGAUCCCCAGGUUGCUGAUAUAGUAAAAGCAGUUGGUAACUGCAGUUACAAUCAGCUAGUGGAGAAGAUAAUUUCUUGUAAACAGUCUGACAACAGUGAACUGGUUAGUGAAGGAUUUGUAGCUGAGCAAUUUCUAAAUAACACAGCUACACAGUUGACAUACCAUGGGCUGUGUGAAUUGACUUCAGCUGUCCAGGAAGGAGAGCUCUGUGUGUUCUUCAGGAAUAACCAUUUUAGCACUAUGACCAAAUACAAGGGUCAACUUUACCUGCUGGUGACAGACCAGGGUUUUCUUACAGAAGAGAAAGUUGUUUGGGAAAGCUUACACAAUGUGGAUGGUGAUGGAAAUUUCUGUGAUUCUGAAUUCCACCUACGGCCUCCAUCAGACCCUGAAACUGUCUACAGAGGGCAGCAGGAUCAAAUAGAUCAAGAUUAUCUGAUGGCUUUGUCUCUACAACAAGAGCAGCAAAAUCAAGAAAUUAACUGGGAACAGAUACCAGAAGGAAUUAGCGAUCUAGAGCUAGCAAAGAAGCUUCAGGAAGAGGAGGACAGGCGAGCUUCUCAGUACUAUCAAGAACAAGAACAAGCAGCUGCUCAGGUCCAGCAGGUGCCAGGUGCUCCUUCUUUAGCAAGUGGAAGACAAUCUGGGAGCAAUGAACGUAAACGUAAAGAGCCUCGAGAGAAAGAGAGAGAAAAAGAGAAGAAUAGCUGUGUUAUCUUGUAACAGAAAAUGGAUUUAUUCUGGAGCCAAGUGCAUGUCCUCAGAAGCAAAAGCAAGGAGUAAAAAGGAAGACAAACCUGUUACAUGCCGCCUGUGCCUGAUUACCCCACGGAUUUUGUUCACGUUUCAGGAGAGGAUGGGUGACUUUGUUACAAUCAUGCAGACUUUCUUCAAAGUCAUAGUGUGUGCUGCUUGAGAUGGAAUUCCAAAUCACAGUUGGAUGCGGCUGUGCUUUGAGUUAGUCAUAAGUUAUACUGCACCUUGUAGCUGAACACACAGAUCAUGGCAAGUUUUGUGUCAUAGUGACAUCCAUUACUUAUUACAUCAGUUAGUAAGCUAUUUUAUCUUCUGCCCUAAACAAAGGAGGUAAUUGGUUUUGUGUAAGACUUUUUUCCUGAAGUCUGUACACUAGCACAACAGAAUCCUGUGUUACUUUAAUGAUGAGAAACUAUAUCUUAGGUUGGGUAUAGUCUCCAUAACACAAGAGCCCAAAUAACAGAUGGGCACUGCCUCCUCAAUGUGUCCAGAUAUCCUCGCUUCUGGAUUUAGUACUUUUUUUUUCUUUUUUUGAACCCAGAUUUAUACUGCGUUAGUGCUGUUGUUGCACCCCCUGGCCAGCUUUCUUGCCCCAAGAAUAUAUGACUUGAUUAUACAAAAAUUGUCAUAGAAAAUGGGGCAUUUAUUAAGGAGCAAGAUGAAUAUUGUUUGCUUUUCUUGCAGUUAUAAACUGGGUAUGGCAACUCAGAUGUUAUCAGGGUUAAACAAGUGAUUUUAUAGGUAAUGAUUUUUUCUUUUAGUAUUUUUUUCCUCUUGUAGGUAAACUGGACCAGAUAAUUUCUUAUUUAUUGACCUCUCCGUAUGAUAGGUGAAUGAUGAGAGGAAACUAAGGUCUAUAAUAAUCCUUAUUCUAAGAAUGCAGAGUUAAAAUAACUGUCUGCCUCUUUUUCCCAGAAGUACCUUUAACAUGUCCACUUGCAUAUUUAAGCAAGUGUACUGUAAUUAAAUACACACUUUUUUGUUUCUAGGUCAUAUAUCUUUAAAAAGCACACUUCCAAAGGGUGAGAGAAAAGCUAGGCUGCUCUGAGAUUGUCUAGAAAGGUGGUCAGGUGUAAUAUUUUGUGUUUUAAAUCACUAAUUUAGUAUUUUUGGAAACAAUUUUCUAAUUUAUGGGAACCAAAUAAACAUGUUGUAUCUUACAGUAUUUAUAGCGUACAGAAACGGAAUAUUCACUGAAUUAUGAGGGAACCGCAAAUCCUCCUCCAUUUCCAUUAAGUCAAUAAGAAUUACCUUCUUGCUGAACCUUUUUGAUAAGAUUUGUAUUUCACAAUUUGUAGAUACUUUUGAAAAAGGCUGCUUCUCCUGGACAAGUUAUGAUUCAUGCUCUAGGUCUGGGUAAGUGCAUUAGUAUACAAUAGUCUAGGACAGCUAAGGCAGCUGGAUAGAAUAUGACAUUCCUGGUUUCAGGUGUUUGAAGAACGUCUGUAAGAGAGUGGGUGUUUAAACACAAGUCCACAGGUAAAAAGCUGCUUUACAGUUACUUCAGGCAGACCUGCUGCGGUGAUGGCAACCAGUAAUUACAUAAAAUCUGUUAUGAACUUAGAAGGAAAGUUAGACUUGUAAAGGAAGAAUGUCUUACUAACUGAAGGGCCAGUUUAUAUCACCUUUUUCUUCCAUGACAAUUUUUUUUGUUUUUCAAUUUUGUUACACUUUUUUUACAAUAACAAGUUAUGAAUGGUAGCUAUCUAAUAUACAAAUUGUAAAUGUAAAGAUUUCUCUAUAUUCUUUAGUGAAGUCAUGCCCAGAAAAGUCAUUUUAACACUUAAUGUAUGCAGUUGAGUUAACUUCCUAGGUCAAAGCAAAGGUUGACCUCUUUUUUCCUUUGCAGCAGCCUAACUUCUUCAAACUAAUGUGAUGGAGGAUCACCAACAUAAUGACUUGUCUACUUUAAUCAAAUCAGAAAAUAUUUCAAUAGUGUCAAUAACAAAGACUUUAAGCCAGAAUGUUGUUUAAAAACAUUCUGUUAAUAAGAUUUUUUCCAAAUUUGUGUAUUUACAUUUAUUUAUUGCCCUUGAAAAAUAAAUAUGUCGAGCUAAG